AGCCGUGGAGCAGUGGCCUGCAGACGCGGAGCUCCCGAGAGCCGGAAGCCGGAAGCAAGUGAGCUGAGCCUGAGCGCAGGCCGAGGCAGACGGACGCGACGAUGAGGGUGGUGGCGAUCGCGAGCCCCGGCGGGCCGGAGGCGCUGCAGGUGCGCGAGGUGGACGACCUCCCGGCGCCGGGGGAGGGCGAGGUGCUCGUCGCGGUGGCCGCCGCCGGCGUCAACCGCGCCGAUACGGUCCAGCGGCAGGGCCGGUACCCGCCGCCGCCGGGCGCCUCCCCCUACCCGGGGCUCGAGUGCUCCGGCACCAUCCUCGCGCUCGGGGCCAACGUCCCCCUGCGCUGGGCCGUCGGCGACCAGGUGUGCGCUCUGCUUACCGGCGGCGGGUACGCGGAGAAGGUGGUGGUGCCGGCGGGGCAGCUGCUCCCGGUGCCGGAGGGGGUGUCGCUGGCCGACGCCGCCGGCUUGCCCGAGGUGGCCUGCACCGUCUGGUCCACCGUCUUCAUGACCAGCCAUCUCUCCCCCGGCGAAUCCUUCCUUAUCCAUGGUGGAUCGAGUGGAAUCGGUACAUUCGCUAUACAGAUUGCGAAGCACCUUGGUGUUAAGGUUUUUGUUACUGCAGGAAGCGAAGAAAAACUAGCUGCCUGCAAAGAUUUGGGAGCUGAUGUAUGUAUAAACUACAAAGCCGAAGAUUUUGUAGCACGCAUAAAAGAAGAAACCGAUGGAAAGGGUGUUGAUGUCAUUCUGGACAAUAUCGGUGCAUCUUAUCUCCAGCGCAAUCUGAACAGCUUAGCUGUUGAUGGUAGACUUUUCAUCAUCGGUUUCAUGGGAGGUGUUACAACUGAAGUGAACCUGCAGGCUAUGCUUGCCCGAAGAUUGACCAUACAAGCUGCUGGACUGCGGAACAGAAGCCUCGCUAACAAAGCCCAGAUCGUGAGCGAGGUGGAGAAGAAUGUGUGGCCUGCCGUCGUGUCGGGCAAGGUGAAGCCGGUGAUUUACAAGACAUUCCCGCUAUCUGAAGCAGCUGAAUCUCACAAGCUGAUGGAGACGAGCUCCCACAUUGGCAAGAUACUGUUGAUUCCAUGAUUGGGUAUGGUGUGUUAUGGUGUGAACUAUCUGAAGCCGCUGUGAGCACUGUUUCCUGCAGUAAACUAUGCAAGGAAAUGUCCUUUUAUAUUGUAAGAUAAACUGGAUCUCGAAGUGCUGAUGAAAUUUGAUAUGUAUCUUGACGACAACCAGUUACAAUAAAAUGUUGGAAGUUGGAAGUCUUGUUCAUUCA